ACAUAUAUUUUGGAAUCGUUUCUUGAAUUUACAGAGAUUUACAAAAAAUUGUGUACUUUUGUCAUGCCACAAUCAGAAUAUUGGCCAUUUAAGGUUCCGCUUACACCAAGUGACUCCAAUGCAGAACCAUCUGUGAUGCAAAAACAAAUCGGCGCAAUGGAAGGUGAAGUUAAGGAGAUUCAAAUGGAAUUGGAGGCAAUCAGGAGGGAUAGAAUGAACCUUCAUGCUCGGAAACCUUCAUUUGUGGUGCCUGCGGACUCUGAAGAUAUUGAGAAAAAUUUUAAAUGCUUAGAUAUGAACAAAAUUCAUGAGGAUACUAUGGAGUAUGCCAGGAUACCACAGAUAUCGAAAUUAAGAGAAGAUUUGAUAAAAGCCAAAACUGCAGCAGAAGAAGAGAGAUUUCAAAGAGAGAAAUAUGAAGGAAAGUUAAAGGACUUGGAAAUAAAACUAAAUGGGUUAUGUAGUAGUACAUUAAUCGAGGACAAUAGGAAGAAAACAAACGAAGAACUUACGUCUCUGAAAAAGCAAUUAAGGGGUAUGGGAGAAGAGAUGGAGGAGAUGAAGGUUACAAUUGCGGAGAAAGACGAGCAACUUCAAGAGUACAGAUUAAAGUAUCUUCAAGCUCAACAGCAAGUUGAGGAAUACAAAAGACAAUUCGAUUUAAUUGAGUAUGAUAACAAACAAGUUUCUGACCAGAUCCAAAUAGAAAUACAGAAAAUGAAGAUGCAAUUUCAAGAGAAAUUACAAGAGCUUGCUCCAUUACCGGACCUAUUGAAAGGUGCCCAAAUCCAAUUGCAAGAAGCGAAACAGUUGCAGAAGUUGGCUGAAGAAAAUUCACAAGAAUUAUCGAAUGAGUUACACAGGGUAAAAGAAAAGCUCGUUCUAGCAGUGAAUAAUUUAAAUCAAGAAAAAGCGGAUAAAAUUAAAUUGUUUGAAGAAAAUAAGGAAAUCAAAACUGAAUUGGAUGACAAGCGAUUAGAAAUCGAUGACUUAAAUAGAGUUCUUGAUGAUUAUAAAUGUAACAUAUUAAGGCUCGAAGAGAAGUUGUCACAACUAGAGGCUAGAUAUAAAGAAAAGGCAAGUGAGUCCAUUCAAUUGGUAAAGGAUCUGGAUGAAAUCAGAUCUGAAAGUGCGAGGUCAUUAACGAGGAAUAAGGAGAGAUCGGAUUCUUUGCGGAGAUAUAUGCAGACUCAAAUAUCGGAGUUGGAGAGACAGCUGAUACAAAGCCGAGCGCAGUGUCGGUCCUGUCUCAAGGAGAGAGAUGACAUACGUCAACGGAUGCAAAUCCAAAUAAGCAACCUUCAAGAGAACUUCGAUAUGGUUGAAAUUCGAUUGCGGACUUUGCAAAGUCAAAUCACGUCUCUGAAGAACAGCUACGCGGUGAUACUAGCUGACGAAGAUGACACCGAUAUCAACAAGAUUGUUACAACUACUUGUGAUUAAAUUUUGAAUUUCGAAUUGUUUUUUGUAACGCGAAUAUCAAAACAGAAUGUUUUUAAUGUACAAUAGUUAUGUUAUAUUCAUUAAAAUAAAAGCUGAUAUACUCUGUAAA